ACCCCUUGCCACAGCCUUUAAACACAGCCCCAGCUCGGCUCCGGACACGCACAACGUUCCCGGCAGCACCAUGAAGCCAGGGCUGUUCCUCCUCCUGGGGUUCCUCAUCCUCAGGGCAGAGCUGGGGGCUGCAUCGGAGGAGGAAGGUGGGGAGGAGGAAGGUGGGGAUCAGCAGAAGCCAGGGAGGUGCCCGCGGGACUUCACUCGCUGCCUGCAGCUAGAGCCCCCCCUCUGUGCCAACGACUCCAGCUGCCCCGGAUGGCAAAAGUGCUGCCCCCGGGAGUGCCGGCUCCGCUGCACCCCCCCAGCAGAAGAGAAACCCGGUGCCUGCCCAGCGGUGGCCCCCGAGGGGCUCUUUUACCCCUGCUCCUUCCCCUGCCUGGAGAACAAGGACUGCCUGGGACGGCAGAAGUGCUGCCCGCUGGGCUGUGGCCUUGCCUGCCUGGAGCCGGUGCAGGACAAACCCAAACCCAGGCAGUGCCCCGCGGUACAGCCGGGGCCAUGCCGGGAGCGAUGCCGAGGUGACAGCGACUGCCCCAACGCGCAGAAAUGCUGCAACAGCAGCUGUGGCCACCAGUGCGUGCCAGCAGCCCCAGCCGAGGACACCAACCAUGUCCCAGCCACCCCACAGCCACCCCACCAGCAGAGAUGCCAUCAGGACCAGGACUGUCCCCCAUCCGAGGUGUGCUGUCACCAGCAGUGCAGCCGGGGGUGCCAUGCACACAGCCAAGGCAAGGCUGGCUUCUGCCCGACCCGCGCCGGGCUGUUCCCCAGCUAUGACUGCAGAGCCUGGUGCCAGCGCGAUGCUGAGUGCCCCGGCGAGGAGAAGUGCUGCCUGCGUGGCUGCGACUACGUCUGCCUGCCCCCAUCCCGAGAGAAGCCAGGCAUCUGUCCCUUGGUCGAGGAGGCACUGAGCACCGCGGCCCCGUGUGGCACCACCUGCGCUGGGGACUGGCAGUGCCCAGGGGCUGAGAAGUGCUGCAGGACCAGAUGUGGCUACGUGUGCUCGGCCCCCGAACAAGACAAACCCGGCCAGUGCCCGAGGGUGAGGAUGCGACAGACACCGGAGCUGUGCUCGGAGGAGGACUCCUGCACCCACGACAGGGACUGUCCCCGCCAGGAGAAGUGCUGCUUCUCUGGCUGCGCCAUGCGCUGCACCCGCCCUGCCCAAGAUCACCCCGGGGAGUGCCCCCGGGCAGAGCCGUGCUGGGACCCCCGGCGCAGGCACAGGAACCGGUGCCUGGAUGACAGCGUCUGCCGGCGAGAGGAGAAGUGCUGUGACACCGGCUGCGGCUGGGACUGCAUGGCCGUGCCCAGAGAGAGCCAGGACAGGGCUGGCAGCCGGUGCACAGAGGAGUGCGAGGCCGACUCACAGUGUCCCCAAGGACAGAGGUGCACGAGCACCGGCUGCGGCCGCACCUGCAUGGCCAUCCCUGGAGGCAGAGUGGGAGUGUGCCCCAUCCCCAGGGAAGGGGGGACGUGCCUGGACCUCUGCAGUUUCGACGAGGAGUGUCCCUGGGGCCACAAGUGCUGCAGCAACGGCUGCGGCCAUGUCUGCAUGCCAGCCUCCCUGCAAGAGCGCGAUGCCGCGGUUGUGCCAUGGCACGGUGCCACGCGGUGCCGGGAGGAGUGUGAGGCCGACUCACAGUGUCCCUGGGGACAGAGGUGCACCCGCACCGGCUGCGGCCGCGUCUGCACGGACACCCCCGGAGGCAGAGAGGGAGCAUGCCCCAUCCCCAGAGGCCGUGGGACGUGCCUGGACCUGUGCAGCCUCGAUGAGGAGUGUCCCUGGGGACACAAGUGCUGUAGCAAUGGCUGCGGCCACGUCUGCACGCGGGUGCCUGGUGACGCUGUGUGAUGGGAGAGCAGCUCCUCCGUGUCAGGAAAACACCUUCAUUAGGGG